UUCGCGUUACCAAAAAAACAGCAUGUACUAUUCAUAAAUCAUCAACAUAUGUGAGUAAAGCCCAAGCAAUGGGACAUAGGAGGCAAGAAAAUGCAAUGGUUAGAAACUUGAAUGGUUUUAACUCCAACCACAUGAAUACAAUGACUGUCUCACCACCCAAUCCUCCAACAAUGGCAAACUAAUUUCAUUAACUCUAGAUAAAUGAUAUGGAGUAAGUAAAGAACAUAGGUAGUAUAAGGGGGCACCACCAAUGGUCACAAGCGCAGUGCAACUUCCACACUAUGACAAAACCUAAAACCAUCUAUCUUCAUCCACAACCUCCUUUCACUUCAACCAAGCAAGAUGUGUAUAAAUCCAACACCCUCGCCACAAGAGUCUCACACGAUAUGACAGCAGAAAAUCCUGUGGAGAUAGGCACCAUUGGAUCUCUCAUGAUGCAAGAGAUUGAGUAUUUUAGCCGGCUAGAAUCACACAGCCGAAAUAGCGUGCAGAGGUCUCAGUCUGAUGUGGGAGAUAUGGAUUCCUCAAGUAAGCAAUCCAGAACCACAUUUGGAUCUGUAAUGACAGCACAAAAAAAGAAAAAGCGAGAAAGUAGCUGGUUUAUACCAACAAUGUGUUCAAUGGUUGAAGUUUCAGACAAUAAUAGGAAAACUGGGAUUUCAGGGUUCAAUUACAAGAAUCUGAACUCCGAUAUGAAGAAGUUAAAAGUCUAAACAAUGCUUUCAGAUAGCUUUGAAAA